CUGGGCUCUGAUGAGCUGACGGCGGUUCUGUUCUGGCCCGGCCCGGUCCGGUCCGGGCUCGGGUCAUGUGACGAUCAGGGAUUACAGAGUUUAAUCUGACUGUCAUGAAGCCCAGAGAGGAAAAACUGAGCUGGACAGACGAGGAAGGACCGGCGGCGCCGAAGGAUUUCUGAGUCCAUUUUGGUUCUGAUGGAGAAUCAGAAAGGCUGAAGCUGCAGCUGUUCCUGCUGGUUUUCCAGCUGGCCGUCCAAGAUGGAGGCAGAAAACCCGGAUGAGACGAGAAGCAGAACCAACAGCUUCCAGAGGAAGAAACCGCCGUGGCUGAAACUGGACAUCCCGACCAUCCAGCUGACGCCGGACGAGCCGCCGCAGGCCGCCGCGCCACAUGUUGGGCCACAUGUUGGGCCACAUGUUGCUGCAGCCAGACGCAGCAACGAGGCGCAAGACAAAAACGAAUUUCAGCCUGUGAAGCGAGUGCGGAGUGUGAGCAUGCCCGGGGAAAAUCCACACACACACUCUGCUGCCAUGGAAACAUCCAACGUCUACCUCAAACCUCCAGUGGAGAAAAUGGCCGUCAUGCAGUCCAUCAAGAGUGAGAAGCGGGUUCACUUCGACCGCCUGAACACCGUCCCUCCGAAGGGUCAGCGCCGCGCCAGGAGGGCGUCGACCGGCCGCCGGCGCUCCUGCGUUCCUAAAAUUCUGGCCCGGCGCCGCUCGUCUAUCCCCAAACAGAUCAUGAGGGGGACGGCUGAUUGGUUCGGCGUGAGUAAGGACGGCGACGGCGGCCAGCGCUGGAGGAGGCGGAGCCUGCAGCACUGCAGCCAGCUGUUCGGGGGCCUGAAGGCCCAGGUCGUGGACCCCCUGGCUCGCGGUCGGGCCUUCCGGAUGGGGGAUGACCUGGAUGGACCUGGCGCCCCUCAGACGCCGCUCACCCCAGGCUCCGCCUCCCUGUGCUCCUUCUCCAGCUCACGCUGCGCCCUCAACAGGUUGCCACGGCGACGCAAGCGGGAGUCCGUGGCCGUCAUGAGCAUCAAGGCUGCCGCGGCGCUGAUGAAGGGUCGGACGGCGGCUGAGGGCGGCGCCGGGAGGCGGAGGCGGAGCUUCUUGCCUCCCAGUUUCUGUGACGACGACACGGUGGAUUUCCCUGACGAGUUGGACACGUCGUUCUUCAGCAGAGAGGAGACGUCCAGCUACGCCGACGACGUGUUUGAGACGCCGUCAGAGACGGAGCUGCAGCGGCUGGAGCCCGGCGCCGAGAGAGGAAACGCUCUGACAGGAAGUGCUCUGGACCGGACCAAGCUGGAGCGGACUCACCUGAUGCUGCCGCUGGAGCGAGGCUGGCGGAAGGCGAAGGACGGUGCGGCGCCGCAGCGGCGCGGGCGCAGGAUCGCGGCGCCGGUCCAGAAGCUGUUCGCCCGGGACAAGAGGCCGUACGGACUGGGCAUUGUGGGCCGGCUCACCAACCGGACCUACCGCCAGCGCCUGGACAGCUUCGUCCAGAAACAGAUCCAAGACAUGGACAACCACAGGCCUUUCUUCAGCUACUGGAUCACCUUCGUCCACCUGCUGGUCACCGUCCUGUCCGUCUCCAUCUACGGCAUCGCGCCGAUCGGAUUCACGCAGCAUGAGACCGUCGACUCUGUGCUGAGAAAUAAGGGAGUUUAUGAAAACGUGAAGUUUGUGCAGCAGCAGAACUUCUGGGUCGGUCCGAACUCGGAGGCGCUGAUCCACCUGGGGGCAAAGUUUUCUCCUUGCAUGCGUCAGGAUGAAGAGAUCCAGCAGCUGAUUGAGGAGACGAAGGCGAGAGAACGACAAUCUGGCUGCUGCGUUCGGAACGACCGCUCCGGCUGCCUGCAGACGCUGCAGGAGGAAUGUUCGAACACGCUGGCAGUUUGGGUGAAGUGGCCUCAACAUGCCAGCACUCCAUAUUUAGAGGGGAAACCACGGCAACACGGCUCAGUCUGCCACCAGGACCCCAGAAUCUGCCAGGAACCCGCUUCAGUUCCACCGCAUGAGUGGAGCGACGACAUCACACAGUGGCCAAUCUGCACUAAGCUGGACUCUGGGAACCACACCAACCUGCCUCACAUCGACUGCAGCAUCACGGGCCGGCCCUGCUGCAUCGGCACCAAGGGACGAUGUGAAAUCACGUCCAGAGAAUACUGCGACUUCAUGCACGGAUACUUCCAUGAGGAAGCGACGCUCUGCUCACAGGUGGCCUGUAUGGACGACGUCUGCGGCCUGCUGCCGUUCCUCAACCCACAGGUCCCAGAUCAGUUUUCCCGCCUCUGGCUGUCUCUCUUCCUGCAUGCCGGCGUCCUGCACUGCCUGGUCUCGGUGUUUUUCCAGAUGUCGGUUCUCAGGGAUUUGGAGAAGUUGGCCGGCUGGCUCCGGAUCUCCAUCAUCUACCUGCUGAGCGGCGUCACAGGAAACCUGGCGUCCGCCAUCUUCCUGCCCUACAGAGCAGAGGUGGGUCCUGCUGGCAGCCAGUUCGGCAUCCUGGCCUGCCUCUUCGUGGAACUUUUCCAGAGCUGGCAGAUCCUGGAGCGGCCGUGGCGAGCGUUCACCAAGCUCGCCGCCAUCUCCAUCUUCUUCUUCUCCUUCGGUUUGCUGCCGUGGAUCGACAACUUCGCUCAUGUCUGUGGCUUCGUGUCGGGCUUCUUCCUGUCCUUCGCCUUCCUGCCGUACAUCAGCUUCGGCCGCUCUGACUCGUACAGGAAGCGGCUCCAGAUCUGCGGCUUCCUGCUGGUCUUCCUGGGUCUGUUCGCCGCGCUGGUCGUCCUCUUCUACGUUUUCCCACUGAAAUGCGACUGGUGCGAGUUCCUCACCUGCGUCCCGGUCACAGACAAGUUCUGUGAGAAGUACGACCUGAACGCACACCUGCUCUGAGCGUCAGAACCGGGCCUGAUUGUCAGAACCCGUUCAGAUAACCGCUUCUUGGUGGCGCCGCAGGAACUUUCUGGAACAAAUGCUUCACUUCUGGAUCAGGAAGGACCAGAGGUUGGCGGAUCAGAACCGCUGCAGGGAGAAAGAAAAAUUGCGCCAAAAAAGCGUUUUGGGUUUUGGGUUGAAAUUUUGACAUUUCUGAGAAUUUUUCCUCUUUUUUCUGGAACAUUUCUCAUUAAUCUC